AUGGCGGAAGCCCAGACGGCGGCGCACAAGCAGCCCAAGCCCAAGGAGGAGCCUUACUCGGACGCCACCAGCUCAUACUGGGCGCCCGGAUGGAACUGGGCGCGCUGGAGCCAUCCAGAGCUAGACUUUGGCGAUACAGACCCGGAAGAGAUUGAGAAGAUGCGAUUGGGCCUCUUGGAAGUGCUAGGCGAGGAUGGGUUUGAGAAGAUGAACAAGCACAUGCAUAAGGAGAAUACAAUAUGGCGGGACAGGAAAAUGGUCGCCGAGGGCGUGCCGCCUCCAGACUAUAGCAGACCGGAUUUCCUAAAACGCUGGAAGGAGCGCCAUGGCGGCGGCGAAGUCGGCUUUGUGGCCUUUCGGACAACCCUCUACGACGACGAGGCCAAGUGGAACAAGUACAAGGAGCGAGUGACGCGGUUUCUGAGCCUCCCGUUUGACAGCGUCGUGCGAUGGCAUCGCUGGCACGAGUAUCCAGAAAUCACCGAGGCGCGUCAGAAAUUCACGCUGCACUGGAUCGAGGACGCGUCCCUGGAGGGCGCGAGCGCCGAGACGCUGCGGGAGCGCUACCAGCAGCUUCGUACGCUGAAGCAGCUGCCGCCCAGCAUGGACUACACCAUGUUCCUGUGCGCAUCGCCGCAGGCCGUCGACUCUGUGCUCUCACUCGGCGACGACGAAUCAGACUUUCCGACCGUCGAGUCGGACUACUGGCGGCCAGACGCGCCGUUCCUGCUGGUGGUCAUGGAGGCGGCGACGGCCGACCCGCACGGGCCGGAGGAGCCGCACGACCCCGACGACCCGAACGACGAGCGCAACUGGUACAGGCCCGUGUUCAAGGUGCCGGCCGAGAUUGUCUACAGCGCGCUGUGGGACGUGGAAGACCGGUCGUACGUGCCGCCGACGAGGCUGACGAGGAGCGUCCGCGGCAGCGAGGAGCUCGGCGGCGGCAGGAUGCCGGCGCACGGGGAUGUUGAUGGGCUGCAGGAGAUGUGGUGGGGGAUGGGCCCGACGCCGCAGUCCCUGAAGAGGCGAGCGCGAAUGAGAGGAAUGCGGGCGUAG